AGCAAGAGUAAAUAGGGAAAAAAAAGGAAGGGUCAGAGGAGAAGAAGAAGAAGAAGAAGGACAAAAACGUCACUCGAGUGCUGGGGGCUGUGAGGCGAUGAGGUGGUGCUGAGUGCUGACCUCCACCCACGCCACAGCAGCCACACGGGAGCACUGCUGACGUGGGAGAGUGUUUGAUACUGCAGGAAGGUCUGGACAAGAUCAAGGAUGUCAGAAUGAAGACAGACAGACACACAGACACCCAAGGAGUCUAAGGAGAUUCUGUACAGACCCCAGUGGUGUAUAUAAGUCCGUGUUGAAGGGUGGGCAGGUCUCAAGUUUCAAGACAUCCUGGUUACCACAGUUUGCCUUCCCUAGGUUUGUAUUGAUUAACAGCAUCCUGGCUCAUCCAGUAAGCUUCCUAAUCAAGAUCACAGAACCCAGCGAAACCAGAUGAAUACAGCCAGCUUGGCUUCCCCAUAAGACAGCAAGGCAAACGAUAAGGUAAAAAUAAAAUGAAAGCCUUGUAGAUGCCUGGAGAUGGAGAGCAGCAUGUGCAAUGGCCACAGUCUCACAUCCUUGCUGUCUCUUGCGGCCCCACCAAGCGACGAGCCUCCCCUGCUGAAGAGAGGGAGUGGCCAUGUCCAUCUCGACCUGUGUUGAAUCUCCACUCCAAUGUGAACACAAAGUCUCUACACAUGCACACAGGGACGCACAGCUGAGCCAGUGCACACGUAGAGGACUGCCCCGGCCACCAGCCCACUGGAGGCCUGCGGCGAAUCUCCGCUCACAUGUACACCCGAGGCCUCCACACACACACACGGGAACGCACAGCUGAGCGGAGGGUGUACACGUAGAGGACCGUCCCGACCACCGGCCCGCUGGAGGCCUCGGGGAAGGAGAGGAUGGCCCGGGCCAAGAAGAAAGUCUCCUGCCAGGACUGCGACAGGACUUUCGGCCGCAAGGGUGAGCUGCAGCAGCACCGGCGCGAAGAGCACAGCCGCAAGAACAUGUGCCCCAUCUGCAAGCGCGCCUUUGAGUCUGAGAAGCGGCUCAAGAUGCACUCCCAGUUCCACAAUGCCGGCGGGGAGUACAAGUGCUUCUACUGCCCCAAGCAGUUCAACAAGGCAUGGAAGAUGAAGAUCCACCUGGUGAACCACAGCGGCCGUCCGUCCUACAUCUGCGAGUACUGCGGGGACGACUUCCUCUACCCGGGCAAGAUUGUGGCGCACCUCAAGCGAGUGCACCAGGUGGUCCUGGCCUGCAAGGACUGCGGCUUUGCCAUCCCCCUGGUGCGCAGCCCUCACAAGUGCAGGAUCUAUGGCUGCAAGGACUGCCUCUCAUCCUUCGCCACCAAGGUGGAGUUGGCAGAGCACGUGGACACCCACGCGGGCCGGUGUGCCCCACCAGUCCACCUGCUGCCGGAGGAGCUGGACCCUUCCUCGCCGCCCCAGGACACGAGGCAGCAGUGUGAGGGGUACCUGGGGGUCCAGCAGGCUUGUGACACCCCUCAGGAGGCCCCCUUACAGAACGGAAGGGAGAAGAACGGGGACUGUGAAUCUCCGGAGGCUGUCCUGGGGGUGGCUGAGGACACUUAUCCUGCCAAGGCCAACGGUGUCAAGAGGCAUCGAGGGAAUGAGAGUAGAGUCAACAGGGUGUCUUGGCAAGGCCCUGACAAUGCUUUUAACGGGGUGCGGGGCAGUGAGUGUGGCAGAAGGGUCAGUCCAGGCAGUGGUGUGGCUGAGGAGCCCUGCAAAGCCCGUCUACAGCACCUGGAGGUUAACGAGAGACUAUCAAGGGAUGCGCUGGUCAGUCCAAGCCCCCCCAGCACGCCCACCCGGUGCACGCUGGCAAACUACAGUGACGUGUCAAGGGACAGCAUUAGUGAGUGGACGCUGGUGGUGCAGGGACACUGUGCGACUGUUAACACGUCUGUGAUACGAGACAAGAGGGAGGCGGAGGGGAAUGAGGAGGCUAAGGAGACCGAGCCACCUUCGUACUUCUCUUCCAUACUCCUGAGGUCUCCGAGCAGGGAUCUGAGGAGUGGGUUCAAGGUCCCGGAUGCAGGGAUGGGUGUGUGGAAGAAAGUUGAGACACCCAUCUCCAGAUCUCUCCGCAGGAAGCAGGACGAGCUGGACCGGGCGGCGAAGAAGAGGGACUUGCUCAACACACUCCAGUUCUAUGUGGACACGGACGCCAGACUGACACAGCGCAGCCAGACGUCCUUCAAGUCCUGGCUCACAGGCGACUCCUUCUCGUCCUCGUCCCCGGAACAUGACUAUGUGUUUGGGUUUGAGGCGAGUGUGUCGGUGGGGAGCCGCAGCGAGGAGGCGCACCACUACUACUUCAACAAAAAGAUCCCGAAGAAGGCAAAAGUGGACAUGACCUUUGAGGACUUGUGUCUCUUCUGAGGAGGAGGACGUAAGCUGCCGCUGCACCGCCAUCACCGCCGCCAUCGCCACACGCUUUGAUCAGGGACUUGAUGAGUGGUAUUUUUCCUUCUUAUGUAUUGAGAUCAUGUGCCACAGUGUUUUCCGAAUUUUUAUUAUUGAGAGUUAAUAUAUAUCUGACAUAACAUUAUUUAUUUUAAGGAGUGAUCAUUGUCCUCUUCUUCUUCGUAUGUCUUGAUUAUCUCCCGACAAUUCUGAAUGUGUAUGUAAAGUAAUUAUUGACAUUUCCAAUAAUUUAAUAGUGUAGUGCUGUGUGUUUACUCACAUUGAAGUUAAUCUCUUGUCAAGCACCCUUCUCCCCCUCCCAACCCUUCCCUGAAAAUCUAUGUAUAGUAAAUUUGAGGAAGAAAUUUUGCCUCUGAAAGUAGUAUCAGUAUAAAAGUUGACCCCACAAAUUUACUUUCAGAAUAUCAUAAAGAAUUUGAUCUUGUUGAAACAUAGUCACCAAUGUAAAAGUCAACCCCACAAAUUUGCCUUGAAGUUGAUUUUGACGUGAGUAGCUACAGUGAUUUUGCAUGCAAGAACAUAUGUGAUUUUCUUGUAUAAUUUCCACACACAUCAUUCUUAGGGUUAUGCAUGCAAGCAAGUCCUUUAUAUAUUCAACAUCACUAGGAAGGAAGGAGUGUGAAAGUCAGCCCCUCAAACUUACCUUCAGAACAUCAUAAAGAAGUUGAUUUCGACAUGAGUUGUUACAGUGAUUUUGCAUGUAAGAACAUAUGUGAUUUCUUUGUAUAAUUUCCACACAUAUAUCAUUCAUAGGGUUAUGCAUGCAGGGAAGUCCUUUAUAAAUUUAACAUCACCAGGAAGGAGUGUGAAAGUCAGCCCCUCAAAUUUACUUUCUGAAAAUCAUGAAGUUGAUUUUGACAUGACUAGUUAGGGGGUCGUAUUAUAAGACAUUUUCGUCUCCCAAGAACAGCUAUUUGACAAGGCUUUCAUAGGAGUUGUGGG